CUGAUUUACAAAACAAGCGUAUUGAAGCUGCAAAUUCAACUUCAUAUCACACUGAUUAUCUUAUGAAUAACUCUGAUUCAAUCAUACACAAAUCAUGAUAUUGAUGAAGAUGAUUAUAUUGACAUUCUAUAUCUAUUUGACACUACAAUUGAAUCACAUUAGUGGACAAUUGAAUGAACACACCAAUGUACAACAGAAUCAAACAACCUCACACAUUAUUUAUGAUGCAAAUGAAACUAAUCCGAUUGCCAAGAACAAUCAAUCAGAGAUGGAUGUUACGAAUCUAAUGGAAAAUCCAUUGAAUUCAUCACUACCAAACGGAAUUCCGAUGCCCUAUUUAUCAGUGACUACAUCGAAUGAUCACAUGUACGAUCAAAAUGUAAGCGAAUCAAAUGUGAAAUAUGGAGGCCAAGAACAAGGAACGAAAUCAGACAUUGAUGAUGAAAAGAAAAGAAAGUCACAACAAACACAACUUAUCAUAGAUUUCAGUGGAACGAAUGAAAAAAGAUUGGCGUUACAAAGACAAAUAUCGGAAAGAGAUGACAGAAAAACAUCGAUUGUACAAAGUCAAGGGCAGAACGCAAUAUCGAAAACAGAAAGAAAUAUCAGUGAAUACCAACUACAGCAACGACAAAAAAUAAAACAAACUGAGAAAGAUGAGGAAGAAAAAUGCCGGAAAGAAAACAAAACAACAAAAACAAACGAAAACACGAUAAAAGAAGAGAUUAAGGAAAAAAAGCCAAUAUAUAUAGAUAAAGAAAAAACGCUCGAAAAAAAAAUGUCCGCAAAAAAAAUAUCUGAAUCAAUAACUUUACAAACAGUUACCGAUGUCGCGCAACUCACAACAGAACAAUAUCUCGACAACGCACAGGUCGUGCCGAACACCACCACCACAACUACAACCACAACAACAACAACAUCAACAACAACAACCGCCAUCAACACUGAUACCACACUCACCACUGCACAAUCCACACAACCGCCAUCUGCAUCUCCAACAUCACAACCAGUUACCGAUGUCGCGCAACUCACAACAGAACAAUAUCUCGACAACGCACAAGUCGUGCCGAACACCACCACCACAACUACAACCACAACAACAACAUCAACAACAACAACCGCCAUCAACACUGAUACCACACUCACCACUGCACAAUCCACACAACCGCCAUCUGCAUCUCCAACAUCACAACCAGUUACCGAUGUCGCGCAACUCACAACAGAACAAUAUCUCGACAACGCACAAGUCGUGCCGAACACCACCACCACAACUACAACCACAACAACAACAACAUCAACAACAACAACCGCCAUCAACACUGAUACCACACUCACCACUGCACAAUCCACACAACCGCCAUCUGCAUCUCCAACAUCACAACCAGUUACCGAUGUCGCGCAACUCACAACAGAACAAUAUCUCGACAACGCACAGGUCGUGCCGAACACCACCACCACAACUACAACCACAACAACAACAACAUCAACAACAACAACCGCCAUCAACACUGAUACCACACUCACCACUGCACAAUCCACACAACCGCCAUCUGCAUCUCCAACAUCACAACCAGUUACCGAUGUCGCGCAACUCACAACAGAACAAUAUCUCGACAACGCACAGGUCGUGCCGAACACCACCACCACAACUACAACCACAACAACAACAACAUCAACAACAACAACCGCCAUCAACACUGAUACCACACUCACCACUGCACAAUCCACACAACCGCCAUCUGCAUCUCCAACAUCACAACCAGUUACCGAUGUCGCGCAACUCACAACAGAACAAUAUCUCGACAACGCACAAGUCGUGCCGAACACCACCACCACAACUACAACCACAACAACAACAUCAACAACAACAACCGCCAUCAACACUGAUACCACACUCACCACUGCACAAUCCACACAACCGCCAUCUGCAUCUCCAACAUCACAACCAGUUACCGAUGUCGCGCAACUCACAACAGAACAAUAUCUCGACAACGCACAGGUCGUGCCGAACACCACCACCACAACUACAACCACAACAACAACAUCAACAACAACAACAACCGCCAUCAACACUGAUACCACACUCACCACUGCACAAUCCACACAACCGCCAUCUGCAUCUCCAACAUCACAACCAGUUACCGAUGUCGCGCAACUCACAACAGAACAAUAUCUCGACAACGCACAGGUCGUGCCGAACACCACCACCACAACUACAACCACAACAACAACAACAUCAACAACAACAACCGCCAUCAACACUGAUACCACACUCACCACUGCACAAUCCACACAACCGCCAUCUGCAUCUCCAACAUCACAACCAGUUACCGAUGUCGCGCAACUCACAACAGAACAAUAUCUCGACAACGCACAGGUCGUGCCGAACACCACCACCACAACUACAACCACAACAACAACAACAUCAACAACAACAACCGCCAUCAACACUGAUACCACACUCACCACUGCACAAUCCACACAACCGCCAUCUGCAUCUCCAACAUCACAACCAGUUACCGAUGUCGCGCAACUCACAACAGAACAAUAUCUCGACAACGCACAAGUCGUGCCGAACACCACCACCACAACUACAACCACAACAACAACAUCAACAACAACAACCGCCAUCAACACUGAUACCACACUCACCACUGCACAAUCCACACAACCGCCAUCUGCAUCUCCAACAUCACAACCAGUUACCGAUGUCGCGCAACUCACAACAGAACAAUAUCUCGACAACGCACAAGUCGUGCCGAACACCACCACCACAACUACAACCACCACAACAACAACAUCAACAACAACAACCGCCAUCAACACUGAUACCACACUCACCACUGCACAAUCCACACAACCGCCAUCUGCAUCUCCAACAUCACAACCAGUUACCGAUGUCGCGCAACUCACAACAGAACAAUAUCUCGACAACGCACAGGUCGUGCCGAACACCACCACCACAACUACAACCACAACAACAACAACAUCAACAACAACAACCGCCAUCAACACUGAUACCACACUCACCACUGCACAAUCCACACAACCGCCAUCUGCAUCUCCAACAUCACAACCAGUUACCGAUGUCGCGCAACUCACAACAGAACAAUAUCUCGACAACGCACAAGUCGUGCCGAACACCACCACCACAACUACAACCACAACAACAACAACAUCAACAACAACAACCGCCAUCAACACUGAUACCACACUCACCACUGCACAAUCCACACAACCGCCAUCUGCAUCUCCAACAUCACAACCAGUUACCGAUGUCGCGCAACUCACAACAGAACAAUAUCUCGACAACGCACAAGUCGUGCCGAACACCACCACCACAACUACAACCACAACAACAACAACAUCAACAACAACAACCGCCAUCAACACUGAUACCACACUCACCACUGCACAAUCCACACAACCGCCAUCUGCAUCUCCAACAUCACAACCAGUUACCGAUGUCGCGCAACUCACAACAGAACAAUAUCUCGACAACGCACAGGUCGUGCCGAACACCACCACCACAACUACAACCACAACAACAACAACAUCAACAACAACAACCGCCAUCAACACUGAUACCACACUCACCACUGCACAAUCCACACAACCGCCAUCUGCAUCUCCAACAUCACAACCAGUUACCGAUGUCGCGCAACUCACAACAGAACAAUAUCUCGACAACGCACAGGUCGUGCCGAACACCACCACCACAACUACAACCACCACAACAACAACAUCAACAACAACAACCGCCAUCAACACUGAUACCACACUCACCACUGCACAAUCCACACAACCGCCAUCUGCAUCUCCAACAUCACAACCAGUUACCGAUGUCGCGCAACUCACAACAGAACAAUAUCUCGACAACGCACAGGUCGUGCCGAACACCACCACCACAACUACAACCACAACAACAACAACAUCAACAACAACAACCGCCAUCAACACUGAUACCACACUCACCACUGCACAAUCCACACAACCGCCAUCUGCAUCUCCAACAUCACAACCAGUUACCGAUGUCGCGCAACUCACAACAGAACAAUAUCUCGACAACGCACAGGUCGUGCCGAACACCACCACCACAACUACAACCACAACAACAACAACAUCAACAACAACAACCGCCAUCAACACUGAUACCACACUCACCACUGCACAAUCCACACAACCGCCAUCUGCAUCUCCAACAUCACAACCAGUUACCGAUGUCGCGCAACUCACAACAGAACAAUAUCUCGACAACGCACAAGUCGUGCCGAACACCACCACCACAACUACAACCACAACAACAACAACAUCAACAACAACAACCGCCAUCAACACUGAUACCACACUCACCACUGCACAAUCCACACAACCGCCAUCUGCAUCUCCAACAUCACAACCAGUUACCGAUGUCGCGCAACUCACAACAGAACAAUAUCUCGACAACGCACAGGUCGUGCCGAACACCACCACCACAACUACAACCACAACAACAACAACAUCAACAACAACAACCGCCAUCAACACUGAUACCACACUCACCACUGCACAAUCCACACAACCGCCAUCUGCAUCUCCAACAUCACAACCAGUUACCGAUGUCGCGCAACUCACAACAGAACAAUAUCUCGACAACGCACAGGUCGUGCCGAACACCACCACCACAACUACAACCACAACAACAACAACAUCAACAACAACAACCGCCAUCAACACUGAUACCACACUCACCACUGCACAAUCCACACAACCGCCAUCUGCAUCUCCAACAUCACAACCAGUUACCGAUGUCGCGCAACUCACAACAGAACAAUAUCUCGACAACGCACAGGUCGUGCCGAACACCACCACCACAACUACAACCACAACAACAACAUCAACAACAACAACCGCCAUCAACACUGAUACCACACUCACCACUGCACAAUCCACACAACCGCCAUCUGCAUCUCCAACAUCACAACCAGUUACCGAUGUCGCGCAACUCACAACAGAACAAUAUCUCGACAACGCACAGGUCGUGCCGAACACCACCACCACAACUACAACCACAACAACAACAUCAACAACAACAACCGCCAUCAACACUGAUAACACACUCACCACUGAACUAUCCGCUCAACCAGUCUCUCCAUUAAGGACAUCAAAUUUUGUUUCGAAUUUCUCUGAAAUUUCAGUGGAAUCCAGUCCUUCUCUUACUCGUACAUGA